UGAAAAGUUGUCACCGGUCGUCGUGAAGGCGCGCGCGCGCGUUUUGGGUCGCCAUUUUCUUUUUUUUGUGGGAAAAAGUAUUAAGUCGCUUUUUUGGCGUGAAAAUGUUAGUUUUUUAGUGCGAAAAUUUGAAAUUUUUGUGAGCUAGUGUCUGUUGAUGGUGGAAGUGGUGAAAAAGUGCGUGAAAACGACCCCAAAAUUGGUGGAAAAGCGAUUCGAAAAUCAUCUCAAGGGGUUCGAAGGAAAAAGUCAAGUGUGUUCGAUGCGCUAGCCUGAAAGUGAAAAUUUGCUUGCAAGCUCAACGCCAGCGUUUGACAACAACAACAUAGCCUACUGGCCCACAUUGCGUCAGUGUCAUUGUGUCAACCAACUCCAGAAGAGAAAGAAGAAGGAGGCCAACUACGACCGAGUGUUGAAAUCAACCGAAAAUACUGUUACAUAACCUCAAAUAAAAAAAAAGUGCCAUCUGUUGAAGCUGUCAUGAAAAUUGUGCAUUUUUGGUCGUGAUUGUUGUUGUUGUCAGUGCAGUGGUAAGCAACAGCCGGCUCACUGUCGGAAUGAUGAAUAAGAGGAAGAAGUCUGCGGUGGUGGCGCUGGUGGCGCUAGUGUUGAGCGCACACUUUGACGCGUUCCCCGCGUACAACAGCGACGCCGACGAAACGGUGGAGCACAUCAAAAUUGGCGGCCUGUUUGACAGCGACACCGAUGACGUUUCACUCGCCUUCCAGUACGCGGUCGAGGCCGUCAACAACGAGAAGCUGUCCUACUCCAACUACCGGCUGGAAGCGGUACCGGUGACGGUCAAGUACGGCGACCAGUUCGACGUGUCCAAGAAGCUGUGCAAGGUGCUGCGGUCCGGCGUCGCCGCCAUCUUCGGGCCCAACUCGCCGAAAGCGGCGGUCCACGUGCAGAGCAUCUGCGACGAGAAGGAAAUGCCCCACAUCGAAACGCGCUGGGACGCCUACACGCGCCUUCCCACCAUCAACAUCCACCCCCAUCCGCACAUUCUGGGCCGGGUGUUUCUGGACCUGGUAGUGGCCUUCGAGUGGAAGGACUUUACCAUCAUUUACGAGUCCGGUCCGUGGCUGCCGGGAAUCUCCGACCUGCUCAAGAUGUACGACCCGAAGGGCUACACCGUGACGGUGCGCCAGCUGGACCUGAAGCUGAACGGGAACUACCGGGCGGUUCUGCGGCGGGUCAAGCAGUCCGACGACAAGCACAUCAUACUGGCCGCUUCGGUCGACUCGAUGCCGGAGAUUUUGAAGCAGGCCCAGCAGGUCGGCCUGAUGACGGACUACCAUCAGUUUAUCAUCACGUCGAUGGAUUUGCACACGAUCGAUCUGGAGCCGUACCAGUACAGCGGGACGAACAUCACCGGCAUUCGGCUGGUCGAUCCGGACGAGGAGAAGAUUCACCAGGUCACGGAAUUCCUGAACGCCUCCCAGAUCUCCAAAACCCUGGAACUGAACCAGGGCCUGAACCCGGCCACGAUGCGCGUCGAGACGGCCCUCAUGUACGACGCGGUCCUGCUGUUCGCGGAAGCCCUGCGCCACCUGAUCGGCAUCGAUCCCCCGCACCCGCUGGAACCGAUCGCGCUCAAGUGCGAGGACGACAACACCUGGAAGAACGGGUACAGCAUCAUCAACUACAUGAAGGCGUCCACGAUCCACGGGCUAACGCGGGGGGUGAAGUUCGACCACGAGGGGCACCGGUCGGACUUUCUGCUGGACAUUGUCGAGCUGGGCCCGGCCGGGCUGGAGAAGGUCGGGGUGUGGAACUCGACCGAGGGGCUUAAUUUUACGCGCAAGAAGGAACUGACGGCGCUGGCGCUGGACGACGGAACGCUGCAGAACCGUACGUUCAUCGUGUUGACGGCGAUUUCGCCCCCGUACGGGAUGUUGAAGGACUCGCCGACCAAGCUGACGGGGAACGAUCGGUUCGAGGGCUUUGGGGUUGAUUUGAUCCACGAGCUGUCGCUGAUGCUGGGCUUCAACUAUACCUUUGUGCUGCAGGAGGACGGCGUGUACGGGUCGCUGAACCGGGAGACCGGCAAGUGGAACGGAAUGGUGAACGAGCUGCUGGAGUGGCGGGCGGACCUGGCGAUUACGGAUCUGACCAUCACGUCGGACCGGGAGAGCGCGGUGGACUUUACGAUGCCGUUUAUGAACUUGGGAAUUUCGAUCCUGUUCCGGAAGCCCACCAAGGAACCACCGUCGCUGUUCUCCUUCAUGUCCCCGUUCUCGAAGCAGGUCUGGCUAUAUCUGGGCGGUGCCUACAUGAUGGUGUCGAUGUCCCUGUUCAUCCUGGGCCGGCUCUCGCCGAAGGAGUGGGACAACCCGUACCCGUGCAUCGAAGAGCCGGAAGAGCUGGAGAACCAGUUCAGCUUCAGCAACUCCAUGUGGUUCACGAUCGGUGCCCUGCUGCAGCAGGGCUCGGAAAUCGCCCCCAAGUCCUCCUCGACGCGCGCCGUCGCGUCCAUCUGGUGGUUCUUCACGCUGAUCAUGGUGUCGUCCUACACCGCCAACCUGGCGGCGUUCUUGACGGUCGAGCAGGUCCACUCGCCGAUCAGCAACGCCGAGGACCUGGCGGCGGCCGGCGGCACCGUCAAGUACGGCGCCAAGCGGGACGGCAGCACGAUCAGCUUCUUCAAGGACGCCGAGUACAAGACGUACCAGCGGAUGUACGAGUACAUGAUGCAGAACCCGGAACUGCUGACGUCGUCCAACCCGGAGGGGCUGAACCGGGCCAAGACGGAGAACUACGCCUUCCUGAUGGAGUCGUCCUCGAUCGAGUACAUCGUGGAGCGGGAGUGCGACGUGACGCAGAUUGGCGGCCUGCUGGACGACAAGGGCUACGGGAUUGCGAUGCGGAAGAAUUCACCGUACCGAAGCGCACUGAGUGAAGCGGUUCUGCGACUGCAGGAGCAAGGUGUAUUGACCUCGCUGAAGCGCAAAUGGUGGAAGGAGAAGCGCGGUGGCGGCGCCUGUUCGGGAACCACGGAGGAAGGCGGCGCCCUGGCCCUGGAGGUGGCCAACGUGGGCGGUGUCUUUGUGCUGCUGAUCGUGGGCUGCGUCGUGGCGUUGUUCAUAAGCUUCUGCGAGAUGAUGUGCGACGUGCACAGCCGCUCGCGAGAGCUCAAGCAAGGUUCGGCGGACGACGGCGCCGAGGAGCUCGGCAUGGACAACGUCGGCGGUGUGUUCUUCGUGCUCUGCGUCGGAUGUUCCUUCGCCAGUGUCAUCGGCUGUUGCGAGCUGCUGUGCGUGAUCAUGCAGCGGGCUCGACAGCACAAGGUUCCGUUCCGCGAGGAGCUCGCCGCCGAGCUGCGCUUCGUGGCCAAGUGCUCCGGCAACACGAAACCGGUUCGCCACCGGAAGAGCUCGUCCGGGUCGCGCAACUCGCUCGAGUCGGGCCUGUCGGUGGAGCAGCACUCGGGCAUGGAUCCGGUCGCGGCGAACGGAGGAGCAGGAGGAGACAGCAACGGGAAGGCUGCCAAGACGAACGGGCGGAAGAUGGUUUCGUUGGACGAUUAGCUUCGAGAUCGGCCGUUGGGGAGAUUGUUUAUUACUUUAGCUUUAUUUGUUUGCACCAAAGGAUGUUCGCGUUUGUUUCAAAGUUUGAAAAUAGAUGUAGAUAAAAAAUACAAUUUUAUGAAGCUUAAAGUAUG